GUAGAAGUGGUUGUUGCAGUCUCUUCCUCUGCUUUCUACUCCUUUGCGCCAAGCAGACUAAUCCAUGGGGAUCGGAACGGUGGCGGUUGAAGAGCUGCCGCCACUGCUGACGUCUGAGAGAAGUGUUUGGUGGCGGUGGCCUCAUGAGCGGACGACAGAGAACACUUUUCCAGACGUGGGGCUCGAGCAUCUCCCGCACCGCCCGCUCCCCGAGUUGCAGCGGUGAAAGGCAGCGUUCUCACCCGGGCGUCUCCGGAGCUGGCGGCGCCCCUGCAGCGGCCGAGGCUGCUGCUGGCUCUCAGUCGGAGUCGGACGAUGAUGUGCUGCUGGUCGCAGUGUACGAGGCCGAGCGGCAGCUGAGUCUCGAGAAUGGCGGCUUCUGCAGGUCGGCGGGCGCCUUGUGGAUUUACCCCACCAACUGUCCGGUGCGAGACUACCAGCUGGACAUCUCCCAGACUGCUCUUUUCUGCAACACGCUGGUGUGCCUGCCCACCGGGCUGGGAAAGACCUUUAUUGCCGCCGUGGUCAUGUACAACUUCUACCGCUGGUUUCCUUCCGGCAAGGUGGUCUUCAUGGCACCCACGAAACCUCUGGUCACGCAGCAGAUCGAAGCGUGCUAUAGGGUGAUGGGUAUCCCGCAGUCUCACAUGGCUGAACUGACAGGAUCCACUCAAGCUUUCACCAGGAAGGAAAUAUGGCAGAGAAAGAGAGUCCUGUUUCUUACACCCCAGGUCAUGGUAAAUGAUCUUUCUAGAGGAGCAUGUCCAGCUGUUGAAAUAAAAUGUCUAGUUAUUGAUGAAGCUCAUAAAGCUCUUGGAAACUAUGCUUAUUGCCAGGUUGUAAGAGAAUUAGUCAAAUAUACAAAUCACUUUAGAAUCUUGGCUCUUAGUGCUACACCAGGCAGUGAUAUAAAGGCUGUGCAACAGGUUAUUACUAACUUGUUGAUUGGGAAGAUAGAAAUUCGUGCUGAAGAUUCUUCAGAUAUUUUGCCAUACUCUCAUGAAAGACGAGUUGAAAAGCUAAUUGUUCCCCUUGGUGAAGAACUUGCAGCCAUCCAAAAGGCUUAUAUCCAGAUUUUGGAAGCAUUUGCCAGUUCUUUGAUCCAGAGGAAUGUUUUGAUGAGAAGGGAUAUACCCAGUCUCACAAAAUACCAGAUAAUUCUGGCAAGAGAUCAGUUUAGGAAAAAUCCAUCUCCAAAUAUUGUGGGUAUACAGCAGGGGAUAAUUGAGGGAGAAUUUGCCAUUUGUAUUAGCUUAUAUCAUGGCUAUGAAUUAUUACAGCAAAUGGGAAUGAGAUCUUUGUAUUUAUUCCUCUGCGGAAUUAUGGAUGGAACUAAAGGAAUGACUCGGGUGAAAAAUGAACUUAGCCGAAAUGAGGACUUCAUGAAACUCUAUGAUCAUCUAGAAGGCCUGUUUGCAUCUACACAUACUUCAGCAGAUGGCAUUGCUCCUAUCCAAAAAGGAGCUAAAGAUAGAUUUCUCUAUAGUCAUCCAAAGUUAAAGAAAUUAGAAGAAAUUGUCCUUGAACACUUCAACUUGUGGAAUGCUCAAAACACUUCUGAAAAGAAAUGUGAUGAGACCCGAGUUAUGAUAUUCUCUUCAUAUCGAGAUAGUGUUCAAGAAAUUGCAGAAAUGCUUGUACAACACCAACCAAUUAUUAGGGUGAUGACUUUUGUUGGCCAUGCCACCGGGAAGAGUAUGAGGGGUUUUACCCAGAAGGAGCAACUGGAGGUAGUGAAACAGUUUCGGAGCGGUGGUUACAAUACAUUGGUUUCUACUUGUGUUGGUGAAGAAGGUUUGGAUAUAGGAGAAGUUGAUCUUAUAGUAUGUUUUGAUGCCCAGAAGAGCCCAAUUCGUCUUGUACAACGAAUGGGUCGGACUGGCCGCAGACGUCAGGGCAGGAUUGUUGUUAUUCUUUCUGAAGGCCGAGAAGAACGUACUUACAACCAAAGUCAGGUCAACAAAAAAAACAUCUAUAAAGCUAUUUCAGGUAACAGAAAAGUCCUUCAUUUUUACCAAGGAAGUCCACGAAUGGUUCCUGAUGGGAUCAAUCCGCAGUUGCAUAAAAUGUUCAUCACACAUGGUGUCUAUGAGUCAGAGAAGCCUUCUCGGAAUUUGCACUGCAGAUCAUCUGUCUUUUCUUCUAAGAAUGGAAUGAGACAAAACAUCUCAAAGAAAGAUUGGUUAUUAUCAGAAGAAGAAUUUAAGAUAUGGAAUAGACGUUAUAGACUAAAGGACAGUGAUGAAGUUAAAGCAAUAACUUUGCCUCAAGUUCAGUUUCUUUCUUUACAAGAUGAGAACAGAUCAAGUCAAGAAACAACCCAUGGCGUUCAUCAGCUCUCUCUCUCUGAGUGGAGAGUGUGGCAGGAUCAUCCUUUUCCUACCUAUCAAGUUGACCAUUCAGAGCGAUGUCACCAUUUUAUAAGCAUCAUGCAAAUGAUAGAAGCAAUCAGAGAGGAACAGGGAGAAUGCAGCUAUGAAUUAGAAAUUAAACCUUAUUUACAGAUGGAAGAUGUUAGCUCAGCAUUUAUUGCUCCCAGGAAUGAAUAUCAUCCUCUUGCCAAUAGCACCUUUGCUAGUAGUAGAAAAUCUUCACUAACAAAGGCUGUAAAUCAAGGGAGUUUAUUCUCACUGAUUGAAUCUAUUGAAGAAGAUGUUGGAAAUUUUAAACAGACUCUUAACAAACCUACUAAACCUGUUUCAAAGAAAAAAAAAUCUAAAGAACUGAAAACAGAUCAGACUACAAAAGAAAACAGUUAUGUUAGGGAUUCUUUAGAUGCCGAUGGCAGUUCUACCACUGAAAAGCUUUUUCAGGAAGCUCUACUAAGUAAUAAAAGGGCACCAGAUAAAGAAGAGGUGGCUGCCUCAUGUGCUGUCAGUAAAGAUGUUGUUAAUCAUCCAUGUGGAUUAUUAACUGAAGGUCAGUUUACAAAUAAAUCUACUAGUUCACUGGCUGUAAGUCUUUUAGAUUCUGGUUAUAAUAGUUUCAGUGAUGAGAAAUCUCUUUCAUCUGCCACACUUUUUCCAUCUGAGGAAGAGCUUUAUUUAGCAAGAAUAGAUGAACAUUUUCGUGAUGGUCAUUUGUUAACAAAAGAGUUACUGGCUAAUGUGGAGAGAUUUUUAUCUCAUUCUCCUCCUCCUCUCAGUGGACUUGCUGAUUUGGAGUACGAAAUUUCUACAGGUUCUGCACUUAAAAAUUUACCUCUCCCAUUCUGCACAGAAUAUUCACAAAAUAAUGAAUCCACCAGUGAGAGGUCAUUUUCAGCUAUAAAAUCUCAGCAGAAUGUAGAAUUGAAUCCAGUUAAAUUUAUUACUCAUCCUUCUGAAACAUAUCAUCCUUCUGGUACAACUAAUGAAGAUAUUUCUAAUGAACCAAGCUUCUGUGAGCAUGAGGAGAAAGUAAAUAAAGAUGAUCAAAAGGACAACUUAGCAUCCAACAAUCAUAUCCAAGUCAACACAAGCCCUCCAAACUACUCCAGUGAAGAAAAGAACAACAAUGAUGAGAGAGACCUCCCAGUGUUGCUCAGUGACCAAGAUGAAAGUUUACUAUUAUUUGAUGAUACUAAUACAGAGGUUAGCGAUGUGAGCCAUUCUCCUUUGAAAAAUAAGUAUGAAUCAUCAGACAAAACUACUCUGAAUGAAAUACCACUGGUUUCUCAAUUCUUUAUUUCUGAUGAGCUUUUGACUGACAAUUCUGAAUCCCAGGAUCAAAUUACCUGUACUACCAACAGUUGGAAGCCUCACAAAAACUUGGGAGGUGUACCUGAGGAUAAACUGAGGAGUGAUGAAAAUGCUUUUGACUGUUCUCAGGAUUUAUUUUCUGUUACCUUUGAUUUAGGAUUUUGUAGUCCAGAAUCUGAUGAUGAAGAACAUAUUUCAGAUAAAAAUAAGAAUGGACCUUUAAAUGAUCUGUCUGGAAGAUGUUUAGCCAUUGGGAAGAUAAACGACACAAACUGUAUUUCAAAUCAAGCAGUAGUACCAAAAAAUUAUGUUGAUAGUCCUAAGUGUAGGCCCAUUACUAACCCAUCAAGUGAUGAUAAGCAGAAUCCAGCUCUUGCACGUUUCCAGCUGAGUGCAGAAAAUAAUAAAAAAUGUGAUUCGCCUGGAUAUUCUCAAUUUUCUUUGCCAAUAGGAGAAAGAGUUAUGAGUACACCACUUCCUGAAUCAAACACAUUGAAUUCAUUUUCUAAAAAGAGAAAGGAAAUGCCUAAGGUGUUAGAUUCUAACAAAAGAAAAAUAAUUACACACACUGUCAAAGAAACGUUGAAUUCAGCUUUUGACGAUUCAGGACUUUUCGUAGAAAAGACUGCAAGCCGUGAAAAAAUUAAUAUACAUCCAUCUUGUCAUUCUGCUAAAGAUGAACAAUUAACAAGUGAUGAAAGUGAAGAGGAUGUGAUUUUCCGAAGGAAAAAAAAACCAAAAGGAAAUUUCCUUGAAUCCCCUGAGGAUCCGAAAAGUAGUGACUUUGAUUCUCCACUUCAUAAUGUCAAAAAGCGUAGGAUUCCUCCAAAGAAAUUAGAAUUAUCAUCUAGUGAUGAGAGUGAAAGUUUUCAUGAAGGACAACCACAAGUAGAAGACAUUAAGGAUUCUAACAGAACUGCUAAAAAAGUCAUCAAAAUCAAAAAGAGACAGAGACCUCUAGAGCUUAUAGCCAGGAAAUUUUUAGAUGAUGAAGCAGAACUUUCCCAAGAAGAUGCAGAAAGUAUUUCACCUGAUGAAAAUGAUGAGUCAGAAAAUGAAGCUGAUUCCUCCUUACUUGACUUCGUAAAUGAUCAGACUCAACUUUCACAGACUAUAAAUGAUUCUGAAAUGAAAGCGAUUUACUUGAAAUCUUUGCACAGUCCACUUAUGAACAAUCAAUACAAAAUGGUCCAUAAAAAAUGUGACAGCAUAAACAUUUUCUCACAGAUUCCUGAGCAAGAUGAAACUUAUUUAGAAGAUAGUUUUUGUGUUGAUGAAGAAGAGUCUUGUGAAAGCCAAUCAAGUGAAGAAGUGUGUGUUGAUUUCAACAUAACUGAAGAUUGGCUUACAGAUGGGAAUAAAACAUAUAAAACGCGGGGUGCAGUAAAGCUAAAACAAAUGAAGAUGAGACAAAAUUAUACAAACACUAAAAAGAAAUUAUCUAGAGUUAUUUUACCAGAUGAUUCAAGUGAUGAGGAAAACAAUGUAAAUGAUGAGAGAAAAUCUGAUACUGUGAUUAGUCGAAGCACUGUUAACAAAAGUGCACAGCAGAAUCUUGGCUUAAAUUUAGCACCUUCCGGGUCUUCUCAACAAUGCAUGAACCAUUCUGAUCCAAUUACUGAUCAAACACCAAAGCAGAGAGAACAGACCACAUUUAAUAUAAAGGAGACAUUUUCUGAUGUCUUAGAUUUCAAACUGCAGGACCAUAAUAAAAUAGAAUUUCCCUUACCAUCAUUCACUACUGCUGCUUCAGAGAAAGACACUAGAAAAUCUCCAGUUCACUUCAAGGAUCCUGGCCUCUCACUGGCAGUUUGUUCCAACUCAGAACCCAAAACACGUUUGAUUGAAAAGCAUGCCCCUCUUCCACUGGAAGAUCAAAAACCAUGUAUUUUUGUAGACAGCCGUGAAAUCUCUUCUGGUUCAGCAAUAAUUUCUUCCUUAAGAGCAAUUCAUGGUUUACAUGUAGAGGUUUGUCCUCUUAAUGGUUGUGAUUACAUUGUGAGUAACCGCAUGGUGGUGGAAAGGAAGUCUCAUUCUGAAAUAUUUAAUGGUAUCAAUAAGAACAAAUUCAUCGAACAGAUCCAGCAUCUUCAGAGCAUGUUUGAAAGAAUAUGUGUGGUUGUGGAAAAAGACAGAGAAAAAACAGGAGAUUCAUCCAAGAUGUUUAGGAGAACAAAGAGCAAUGACAGCCUGCUUACUACUUUAAUUGGUGCAGGAAUCCGAAUUCUUUUCAGUUCCUCACAAGAAGAAACAGCAGAUUUAUUAAAAGAACUAUCUUUAUUGGAACAAAGGAAGAAUGUUGGUAUUUAUGUUUCAACACUGAGCAGUAUUAAUUCUGAUGCACUUAAAUUUUAUUUAAGUAUUCCCAAUGUAAGCUAUAUAACUGCACUAAAUAUGUGUCACCAGUUUUCAUCUGUGAAAAAGAUGAUUAACAGCUCACCCCAAGAAAUCUCCAAGUAUGCACAAGUAACUCAUCAAAAGGCUGAGGAGAUCUAUAGAUAUAUUAACUCUGUAUUUGACAUACAGCUUGGCCAAAGCCCAGGUUUGACUGAAGUCUGAAGCACAAGCUGCUCCAGGCGCAGCUCUCAACAGCUCUCACAGUGCACUUUUGCAUUUAUUGCAGUGGUUUGUGUUUAUUUGUUUAAAAUAUGUAAAUAUCUCUUGUAUAGUGUGCAUUUUAUUUAUAUGAAUUAUGUGUUUAUAAAACUAAAAGUUCCAUAAUUAUUUUGACUGACUAGAUUACAAAAACAUUCUAAUGAAUAAGGUUUAUUGAAGAUGCAAUAAAAAAUCAAAG